AUGGAUUUCUCCAAAUUCCAAGCCUUUGGCAAGAACGUCUCUGCCUCGUUCACACCUUUCGCGGCUCGAACGCAACAAUAUGUCAAGGAGAGACUUGGACAGUCCGAGGAUAAGACUCAACUUCCUCCCGAUUACAUUGAGUUGGAGAAAAGGGUCGAUGCAUUGAAGAAAGUUCACCAGAAGAUGCUAUCUGUCACCUCAAAUUACUCCCACGAAGGGUACGAUUAUCCACAAAAUUUGUCGGAAUCAUUCAACGAUCUCGGCCGCACCGUCUCCGAGAAAGUCCAACUCCUCUCCUCUGCUACCUCCUCCGCCGAAGCCCAAGCUGCCCUUACUGCUCCUCCCUCCGCCAAACCCCAACCGAAAACCUUCAAUCAUGCCAUCGCUCGCGCCUCUUUAGCAUCUAGCCAAAUCCUUCAACAACAAAAUGCCUCUGGAAAUGAAGAUCCUUUGGCUACCGCUCUUGAGAAGUAUGCGCUUGCCGAAGAACGUGUUGGAGAAGCAAGACUCGCACAAGAUAGUCAAAUUCAAAGCCGUUUUCUCGCAGGUUGGUCUACGACACUGAAUACUAAUUUGAUGUUUGCGACGCGUGCCAGGAAGAGUGUGGAGAACUCGAGGUUAUUGCUUGAUGCUGCAAAGGCAAGGGCUAAGAACCCAGGCUGGCAUUUACCAGGACAAGCAGCUCCUCAACAUGAUGGCCAAGAGGAUGAGGUUGCGAGUGAAGAAGCUAGAGUAGAGAUUGAGCAGGCAGAGGAUGAGUUUGUUGGACAAACUGAAGAAGCUGUUGGUGUUAUGAAGAAUGUCCUCGAUACCCCCGAACCCCUCCGAAACCUUGCCGAUCUUAUCGCCGCCCAGCUCGAAUUCCACAAGAAGGCAUAUGAAAUACUUAGUGAACUUGCCCCCGUCGUUGACGGUCUUCAAGUUGAGCAAGAAGUGAGACGCUCCGAGGCAUUUUCCGCCUGA